AUGCGCCGAGAAAUUGAACGCGAGGUGCGUGACCGGAUCCUCGGCGAACUCCAGGAACGUGGACUCCUGGGCACACAGGUGCCGGCGCCAGCACCUGCUGUGGUUUCUGCACGACUCAAAGCACCCGAACCUGAACCGUUCAUCCCUGGAAAACGUCACUUACCGGUGCGAAGGUGGCUUUUCCAAGUGGAGGAAUACCUUUCCCUUUGUCAUGUCAACCGGGCGGAGUGGGCUCAGCACGCCGGCAUGAUGCUGCGAGGAGCUGCUGCUACUUGGUGGCAGAGCUGCCACGCUACAAUUUCAACAUGGGAAGAAUUUUCUGCAUCGCUCUUAAUGAACUUCGAACCGGUCAACGCCAUCGAGCGCGCACGUGACAACCUUGCUGAUUUACGCCAACACCGCUCGGUCGCUGAGUACAUCAAUCGCUUCCGCGAGCUCGUGCUUGAGAUUCCUGACAUCCCUGCUGCUGAACAGAUGGACAAGUUCAAGCGUGGGCUGAAGCCGAAAAUCCGCACCGAGGUUGAACUCCGUGGCGCUACGACGUUGGAUGAGAUGAUUCGUGUCGCCGAGCGUUUCGACACCAUCAACUUUGCAGCGUACCAGCGAUUCCAAGGACGAACCGGGCAGCACACCACUGCUGGACCUACCUACCGCACCAACAGUCCUACUCCCAUGGAGCUCGGUGUAGUGGACCAGCGCGCACACAACCAGUCCAUGCUUACCUCCCGUGCAGCAGCCAACACCACCCGGCUCUCCCGAAGUGAUCAACACACCUCCUCCUUCUCCACCCCACCCAACCCAGCAGCCACGCCGUCCCAUCAUCCGCCCCGCCUCUGA